AUGCCUCUCGUCACAUCUGGUUCCUUUGUAAUAAUCAGCUUUACUAUUUGGUUUAGUACACCUCAGCUCUGCAGGAGGCAGGUAGGAGCACAGCUUGGGACCACCCCCAACAUUAAGCACAUCGUGAUUGGAAGAUGUUUCACUUACACCACUCUGGUCAACCCAAGCGUAAGGUAUGACUGCGAGGACAUCUGGAGACAGUUUGAGGAAGCAGUUGUCCAUCAGUCCUCAUGUAACGUGACAGAGGAACAUUAUCAUCAGUUGUUCAAUGCAAUGCCACAGAUGUGGCCAUGUGACACGUUCCUCUUCUGGAGUAAAACCAGGAAGCUGAUGCAUGCCUUCGCAGCCGUUUUUCAACACUUCUGGACACUAGAAGACACGCUGGUUGGAUACAUGUUCAAUGACCUCAUCUGGUGUGGUCAGGAGGAAGACUCUGACUUUGAUUUCAACUCCUGUCCAGAAUGGUCCACAUGUAGAACUCAUCCAGUGUUUUCUUUGUGGAAGCAGGCCUCAAAAACGUUUGCAGAAAUGGCCUGUGGUAACGUCACUGUGUUACUGAACGGGUCAAUAGUCAACGCGUUCAGCAGAAAAAGCAUGUUUGGAAGUGUUGAACUGGAUGGCCUGAACCCUCAAAGAGUCAACUAUGUCAACAUUAAAGUGAUGUCCAACCUGCAGGGGCCACACAUAGAAUCCUGUAAUCAAGGAUCAAUUUUAGAUCUGAUCCAAAUCCUUCAGUCCAGAGGUUUCCGUUGGACCUGUACAGACAAUGACCCGGUUUUAAGGAUCCUUCAGUGCAUCCAGGACCUGACACAGCCCUCCUGCCAGAUACCUGCAAACAGCCUGAUGCAACAAGAGAGUCCCACAUCCAACUGAACCCCCUUCAAAUACCACGUC